UGAGGAUGAGACCGAGAGUGUUGAGGACUUCCAAGAUGCUUAUAACGAGUUAUACAAGGAGUGUCUCAAACAAGGUGAGAAGUUGCUUUCAUUGAGCACGAGGCUCAAAACAAGUGAAGAUGAAAAGAAAGUACUUCAUAUGGACUUAGUGAAGUCCAAAACUCAUAUUUGUGGGCUUGAGGAGGAGAAAAAGUCCAUCCAUGACAAG